AUGAAGCUUCCUGACGUGGUCACCGAACUCGAGAUGGACCUGGAGGAGAGCCAGAACCAGCGUGAUGCGCGCGUGGAGCAACUGUGGAAGAAGCUCGAUUACCAGAACAAGGGGGCACUCGACUGGAAGGGAUUGCAGCGUGGUCUCAAGCGAAUUGAUCACCCAUUGAAGAAUGCCGACGACAUGCUCAAGAACAUCAUAAAGGUCGUCGAUACCAAUGGCGAUGGAAAGAUAGAGUACGAAGAAUUCCGAGUCUUCGUCGAAGCAGCUGAACGUCAGCUUUUUCAAUUGUUCAAGAAAAUAGACCGAGACCGAGAUGGAAAGUUGGAUAAAGAGGAGCUUCAUGGCGCGUUCCAACGCGCUGGCAUCGCGGUCCCCCUGCGCCGAUUGGAUGCGUUCUUCCAGGACAUCGACCACAACAGAGAUGGAUAUAUAACGUAUGAGGAGUGGCGAAACUUUCUGCUAUUCAUGCCCAAUUCUGAUCCAACAACGACACUGCGUGCGGUUUUCACUUUCUACUCAGAGGUUCUCACUCUCAACUCGGAGGGUGAUUCGGUGGUCAGCGAGGAAACAGCUCAGGGCAUAGGUACGACUAAAGGCUCUCUUCUGUCCACUCUUUUUGGUUCAAUCUUAAGAGUCGCAUCUCCCACUGCGGAGCCUCCGAGCAACAGUCUCACGCCGCCCUCGCCAUCCCCUCCACCCUCGGCCUCCUCAGCCAGUCCGUCACCACAGAUACCCGCAACGACACAAGUAAUUCCACAAGUCGACGGCGCCGACGACAUGGAGGCAGCCGCUUCGCAGCAGCGUGCUCGAGUAGCCAAGCAAGCUCUGAAAACUAACCCUACCGCCACACACGUUUCCUUGCGUGGGGGAGGAGAAGAUGAACCGACCCAAACUGAACUUGCUACGCGUGACAAGGCGAAGAAAUCGUUGCUGACCAGAUACCUCCCCGAACCAGGCUACUUCGUGGCCGGUGCUGUCGCGGGAGGCAUUUCGCGAACGGCCACUGCGCCUCUCGACCGACUAAAAGUCUACCUCCUUGUCAACACCAAGGCGAGCGCCAAUGUCGUCCUCGACGCCGCUAAGAACGGCCGGCCCCUUGCAGCUCUCAAGAAUACCGGAAAACCCCUUGUCACGGCGGUCACCGACCUGUAUAAGGCUGGAGGCAUUCGCGGCUUCUUCGCGGGAAAUGGACUCAAUGUCGUCAAGAUCAUGCCCGAGACAGCGAUAAGAUUCGGCGCAUAUGAAGCUGCCAAGAAGGCCCUUGCUAACUUCGAGGGACAUGGCGAUACACAUCACAUCAACCCGUACUCCAAGUUCGUUGCGGGAGGUGUCGCUGGUAUGGCCGCACAGUUUUGUGUCUAUCCUCUCGAUACACUGAAGUUCCGUCUGCAGUCUGAAUAUGUCUCUGGCGGUCCUCGAGGCAAUGCUCUUCUGCUUGAGACAGCACGCAAGAUGCUGGCAGAAGGUGGUGCUCGAGCCGCCUACCGUGGUGUCACGGCGGGGCUGAUCGGCAUGUUCCCCUAUUCAGCAAUUGAUAUGGGAACAUUCGAGCUUCUGAAGGCCACCUACGUGACGUACAAGGCCAAGCGCACCGGGUGCCACGAAGAGGACGCCAAACCCAGUACCAUCAUGACAGGAAUCAUGGGCGCAUCUUCUGGUGCUUUCGGUGCGAGUGUCGUCUAUCCACUGAACGUCCUCCGCACUCGGCUACAAACACAAGGCACCAGCAUGCACCCGGCAAAGUACACAGGUAUUUGGGACGUGGCGCAGAAGACGGUAAAGAACGAGGGCAUGCGAGGGCUCUACAAGGGUCUGAUGCCGAAUCUUCUCAAAGUAGCACCCGCACUUAGUAUCACGUGGAUGGUAUAUGAGAAUGCGAAAGCGAUCAUGGACCUGCAUUGA